AGGUCGCUCGUCGGUGCCGCCACCGCCAGUUUACAAGUUGCUACGGGAAUGCCAUCCACGGCCGUGGAAUCGUCGCCGCUCCUUUGUCGGUUGAAAUGCGUGCAGCCAAUAUCGCCGUGGCGCGUCUGGCAUUAUGCAGCCCCAGGCCAUCGCUUCUUCCUCCUUGUCUUGAUCUGCUUCAUCCCGUUUGGUGGCCAUUUUGUCAAGAACGAAAUGAGCUCGCUGGAGCCGUUUUUGCUAGGCGACGCGGCCUUUCCCAUCUCGAACACCAUGUACGGCGCGUUGAACUCGGCCGUAUCGAUCCCGAACAUGAUCAUCCCGUUCCUCGGCGGCCGCCUUCUUGACAACCAAGGCCACAAAAGCGUCCUGUACUUCCUCUUGCUCAUGUGCAUUGGCCAAGCCAUUUUCACGUAUGCGAUGGGUGCACGCAUCUACUGGCUUGCCCUGGCUGGGCGCGUCGUCUUUGGGCUUGGUGAAGGGAGCGUUGUUGCCGGCUCCCGCGCCAUUCUGUCGUACUGGUUUGAUCGAUCCGAACUCACAUUUGCAAUGGGCAUCAUGAUUGCUACAACCAACGUGUCCAAGAUGCUGGCCAAGGCGACGGUGGCUCCGUUGUCGCUGUACUUUGGCAGCUACGUGUUUGGUCUCUGGUAUGGCUUUGUCGUGUGCGUGGUGUCUUCCAUGCUUGCGCUUGUCGUGGUCAAGUUGUCGCGGUCGCUGCGCGCGCUUCGGCGGUCGAUUCGCGCGCAGCGGGCUGGUGGCGGGGACAUGUCCGCCCUGAUUCAUCCCAAGCUCAGCUGGCUCACGGCGUUUUGCACGAGUGGUGGAAACCACCACCGGGAUCGCUCCAAGUCACGCAAGUACGACCCCAUGGCGGCGUUGCAGCCCGUGCCAUCCUCACCGAGAGACUUUUCGAUUGUGUUUUGGCUCGUCGUCGUGCUGCACGUCGUAUUCAUCAACGCGUUUCACUUGUUUCAAAACAUCUCAAGCAGCUACUUCCAUCAAGUCCACAGAUAUUCUGUUGUCGACGCGGGGUAUGUGAGCUCGCUGUCGCACACGUUUGUGCUCGUCGCGCCAUUUGUCGGGCUCUUCAUCGACUACGUCGGCGGCCGCAUGAUUGUUGUGGUUGUGUCGUGCUUGCUCGGCGUCGUAUCGUACGCGCUGCUCGUGUUCACGUCGUGUCCACCGUUGGUUUCGAUGCUGCUCUUCUCGUUGUGCUUGGCGGCGACCCCGACCAUCCUCAUGGCGAGCAUCCCGCUCUCGAUCGACAAGGGUCGGUUUGGGCUCGCGUUUGGCCUCGUCGAAGUGAUCGACGGCGUCGGCGCGUUCCUCGGCAAUGUCGGUCUCGGCUACCUCCGCGACACGUCGGGCUCGUACGAUGCCGUCAUGUACUUGUUGCUGGGCUUGACGUCCCUGGGGCUGGUGCUGAGUAUCGUGCUGGCAUGGGUUGACAACCUCUAUGGCGGCAAUCUUUCGUCCGCCACCGUCAACAUCCCCCUCGUCGCCCCCAACACCCCCCCUGGCAUCGUGUCGCCCAUCAGUACAUCCGACAGCGAUUCCAUCGACACGAUUCCAGUUGUGUCAUCGUCGCGCAUAUAUUUAUAAUGUACAAUAUGUCUUACAGCUGUGCUGUGC